AUGGCUCCACGUCGACCAUUUGUCACAGACAAAGUCAAGCCUGUGUUUACUCAGCCCUUGCGUGACAUAUUCUGUAAGCAAGGAGAACCUGUAAUUUUGGAGGUCAAUGUGGAAGGUCACCCUGAGCCAAUUGUCAAAUGGUACAGGGAAGGAAUUGAAAUUUCCAGCUCCCCCGACUACACUCUGUCUCGAAGCAAUAAGACUUACCGUCUGACCAUCGCUGAGGUCUUCCCCGAGGAUGCUGGCAAAUUCAAGGUCGUAGCCUCCAAUGCAGAGGGAUCAACCAUUUCAGAAGCCAGUCUUCUUGUUGAGCCUGGACCUUUGUCCCCUCAACAAGCUGAACCAGUGUUCACAGCCGCUCCAACUGUACCACGGCUACCUCCACCCACUCCUGAAGCUGUGAAACCAGCGCCCACCACUCCAAAGUUUACACCACCUCCACCACCAGCCAACAUCCCGCCAUCAUUUGUGCAGCGUCUGCCUGAUGUGAGAAUGGUGGAGGGAACCAACAUCAAGUUGGAGUGCAGGGUCCUGGGCAAACCCUUCCCACAAGUCAUCUUUACCAAGUCAGGACAGCCUGUAUUAGAUGGGCCAAGGCACCAGGUGACUGUUGAUGAGCGUACCGGACGUUGUACAUUAAUCAUCACUAGAGCACACCCAGACGAUGAAGGAGAGUACACUUGUACAGCCAUGAACCCUGCCGGGGAGGUUAGCACCACAGGCAGAGUUAUUCAUGAAGGACCUCGAGUGCAAGAACCAAUGGAGGAAGACAUCUCUCCAGUCCAACGCUUUUUGCAAGAAGAACAGACCAGGAAACCAGCCACUUUUGAUGAAUAUCCUCCACAGAUAGACAGACGACCUUCAAGGAGUGUGUCUAGGAGUGUUGAAAGGAGGAUAAGUGUUGAGCCU